CUCUGUUCAAUCAGAAAGUUAAAAAAAGAAAAUGUAAAAGCUGAUUGGAGGAAGAAACAAAUGAAAUAAGCAGAGAGAGAAAGGGAAAUUGUUCUGCUGUCUCUAUUGGCUUUCAACUUUCCCCAGAAGUUACUUUCUCUCUCUUUCUUUUUCUUUUUUUUUUCCGUGAGAUGAAUUAAGGGUCAGGUUGAAUGAAUCACAAACACCCACUUAAUACUUUUGCAUUUUCUUUUGGUUUCUGUCAAAUGGGUCUCAUUUUCCUGAGAACCCAGUGAAAAAGUUUGCACCUUUGACUCCAAAACUUGUCAGAGAAGAGGGAGAUUCAUCACAAUUCCUCACAACCAUGGAAGAAACAACCGAGAUGCAAUCAGAAGAAAAUAAAUUGUCAAUGGAGAAAAAUAAGAAAAGAAGGCUCAAAACACCUGCGCAGCUUACAGCAUUGGAAAGUUUUUAUAAUGAUCACAAAUAUCCCACGGAGGAAAUGAAAUCAGAACUUGCUGAAGAGUUAGAAUUGACAGAAAAGCAAAUAUCUGGAUGGUUUUGCCACAGAAGAUUGAAAGAUAAAAAGUUGUUGAAUGAUGAAGUAGGUGCCAAUGGACGACAAGAUCGUUCAAGUGGUGUUAUCCAGGACAGAGGCAGUGGUCUAGUGCAGGAUUCAUGCGGAAGCACUAAACAUGGUGAUUAUAGGUAUCUUGAUCCCAAAGAGGUUGAGAGUCAUGGCCUCUAUAACCAUGAAUUUUCGGCUGCAGAUAUGACCUAUGCACACAGAAACCAUCAUUAUGCAGAAAAUGAUAGUGCAACUGAUAACACGUCAUCUGAGAGUUGCUCAUCUUUGCAAGAUCGAUUGCUUCCUCAAGGACAGGAUCAAUAUGACAUGGAGCCUUCUAGUCAUUUGAUGCCUAAUGGGUCUCUUCCGCCGCUAAAUCCUAAGGGUGCAAAUAACAUGGGGUAUAAACCAUCAGGGUAUUUAAAAGUGAAGGGAGAGAUAGAACAUGUUUCUAUUAGUGCUGUCAAAAAGCAAUUAGGAAAUCAUUUUCAGGAAGAUGGACCAUUACUUAGUGUUGAAUUUGAUACAAUUCCUCCAGGGGCAUUUGAAGGACAAAUUGCAGAUCUAGCUAAUGAAGGGUACUAUGCUGCAAAUCCUGCUCUUCCAAAUUCACCAGAAGUCUCUGCUGGGAAAAAGCAAUCCAGUAGCUCAAGAUAUGAUUCAUAUUUUACCAAAUUAAGGUCCCAAGAUUCACAUAUGGUUGGAGGUGACUUUGGCUCUUUGCAUGGUCCUGAUUUCCAGGAUAAGAAACCCCACAAGCAGAUAAAUCAAAGAGCAAGUUUUCACAGUUUUACCAAUCAUUUGCCUCACAAUAACUCUUCCCUGGAUUUGUAUGUAGACUCUACUGGGGAAGCAUCUGCUUAUAAUGGUGGUAAAAACCGUAGGAUGGGUACUAAGCAUGGUUUUGAGGGGAUGAGGUCAGACUCGGCUUCCUACCCCAGUGACCACUAUGAAGAAAAUGCCGUUGCAGUUAAGCAGAUAGAUUCGCUGUUAGAUCUCUACAAUAACAUCAAUCUGAAGAAUGUACAAAAGAAUGAAUAUGUAAAAUCUAAGCCUUCAAAUUCAAUACAUAAGUCUCAAAUUUACUUGAAUGCUGAAGAAAAAGGGCUUACAAAAAGGAUGGCCAAUGAAGAGAAGUUUAAUGACGAGAGAAAGUUAAGAAAACAAUAUCAUGUUCCAGAUGGAAUUAGGGUGCUUUCAAAUGAAAAAAUGGUUGCAAAGCGAGCUAAAGUUGACCCAUUUGAAUCAUAUGAUGUUAAACAAACACCUCUUUCUGACCUGGAACCAAGAAAAGUUCAAAGGUCUGCAGCAGAGAUGCCAUCUAGAUUUAGUGAGGAUGAAACUGCUGAAACCAGUUCCUCGGUGGAUUAAGACUUGUGGACAGAUAUGAUAUUUGCAGGGUUUCUCUGAGGCACUGGUUUUGUACAGUGUAGAAAGAGAGGUCCAUUUUGCACAGUAACAUCUAGAAAGACACUAACAUCACUAACUUGAUUUGCUGUUGUGCUUACCUAGUAGCUUCUGUAAGAACACAAAUCCUCCCACUACCCCUUUUUCUUAAAAUUUUGGAUGUAAAUCUCAUUUUCAUGCAGCUGUUUGUGUUGGGUAGGAAGGAUCCAAAUGCAAUUUAUAAUUAUACAUAACUUCCUUUCUUAUUGGUU